AUGCUGACCGAAGACUCUCCAGAUGUUUCUUUGAUACCCAUCGGUGCCGCAGGAGGACAAAGUGAGACAAUCUAUUUGGCAAGUACUACAGAUUUCUUUUCCCCUAUCUCCUUGGAUCCAUACAAUCAGGGCCGAAUUGCCUGUGCAAAUACCCUCUCGGAUCUCUACGCCAUCGGCGCUCACCGGGUUGACACGAUGUUGAUGAUUCUCUCAGUGUCAACGAAGAUGGAAGAAGAACAUCGUGAUAUCGUGACCAGGAAAAUGAUUGAAGGCUUCAACGAUGCUUGUAAAGAAGCUGGGACCAAAGUCUCGGGAGGUCAAACCGUCUUCAACCCCUGGCCCAUCCUGGGGGGAUGCGCCAGUACUACUCUCAUUGAGCAUGAAAUCAUUCGAGCUGAUGGUUUGCAAUCCGGCGAUGUCCUGGUGUUGACCAAGCCUCUGGGAUCUCAGAUCGCUGCCAACUUGGCACUGUGGCUUGGAGAUGAGAAAAAAUGGCAGAAAGCUUCGGCUGUCAUUGAUCUGGACACUGCGCUGCAGGCCGUGCAGAAAGCCGAGAAAGGGAUGAUGAGGCUCAACCGGAACGCUGCCAAACUCAUGUGCCGCUUCGGUGCCAAUGGUGCCACGGACAUCACAGGCUUCGGCUUGUUGGGACACGCCAACAACCUGGCAGCAGUGCAGAAGGCUGAAGUCUCCAUUGAGAUCCGCAAGAUGCCUAUCAUCAGGGGUCUGCUGGCGUUGGAGAGUUGCGUGGAUGCCAACUACCAACUGAGCAAAGGCUUUUCCGCCGAGACCUCUGGUGGUCUGCUGGUCGCCUUGCCAUCACUCCCUUCUGCGCAGGACUUUGUGGCUGCUUUGCAAUCUCCCGAGUUCGAUGGACCCGAAGCUGAGGCAUGGAUCGUGGGCGAGGUAGUUGCAGGUGACCGAACGGCACGACUGGCAGAAAACUGCCAGGUGAUGGAAGUCUAG